CGGCAAGGACACCAACGGCUCCCAGUUCUUCAUCACCACCGUCAUCACCUCUUGGCUCGAUGGCCGCCACGUCGUCUUCGGCGAGGUCCUCGAGGGCUUCGACGUCGUCGAGAAGAUCGAGCAGGCCCAGACCCAGCCCGGCGACCGCCCCGCCAAGACGAUCAAGAUCGCAAAGAGCGGAGAGCUGGAGGUGCCCCCUGAAGGUAUCCACGUGGAACUCUGAGCACGUACUGUGACAACCCGUCGUCCCUCGCUGCCUCUUCGUUUUAUCAUCAGCCCGACACUUUUUUUUACACCAUUCCACCUUGACUCUUCCCGCUGAUGACCUCCCGAAAUUGAUGAAACAACGCACAAAAACGUACUUGGUUUGCUGAUGGCUACGCCCCCCCUCGUUGCAGGCGAAUACGGCACUAGCGAGUGGGCGUCAGGCUACUCCAACGAGGAUACGCCGCUGGAGGUGGGCUCCGGCGAGGGCUGGUCCCUAAUCCAGAAAGGUCUCUUCGGUGGUGUUGUUGUUGCUGCGAUCGUCGCCUACAUCAAGUUCAGCAAGUCCAGGACCGCAAGAGAUGUCGGCUACGAGAAGACCAUGGCGUAGAGGGGAUUUGACGAGAGGAAGCGGGCUUCGACUAGGCACAGGAAAUACAAGUCAACAAAUGCCAACUAAUAAGAAAUGGCCAACACAUGCAUGUGUCAACUAAUCAAAAUGUGCAAUUUGUCGUGAUGUUGAAAAUGUCGUCUCUACGUCUUGCGUUCUCUUAAAGCGCAGUCCAAUAGGUGUAAAGCACGCAUCCCAAA